AUGAAGCUCAGCGUGCGUACAAAGCUUCUUGCUGGGAACUUUUACUUACACAACACUGCGAGUUCAGAGAUGGAGAAACGAUAUGCAAGAUUCGAUGUUCUUGCAUUGCAGAAGGUUGCUGUCGGCGUGGCUGGGGCUGCGAUGUGUACAUCAAUGGAGAAGCUUGCGGAAGGUUCUUACAAUAAAGUAUUUCUUCUGAGAUUCGAUAACGACAAGGAAGUCAUUGUUCGCAUACCGUGUCCCAUUGCCGGCCCCCAGAGUCUAGUUAUCGCGAGUGAAGUAGCUACGCUCGACUACGUGGCACGUCAUCUCCACAUUCCUACUCCGCGCGUUCUUGCCUGGAGUCGCAACGGUAGCGAGUAUUCCGUUGGUGUGGGAUACAUCAUCAUGGAGAGACUUCCUGGUGUACCUCUGACAAAGCGUUGGAUGGAUACCAGGGGCGGUGAUUUAACUGAACUCACUAGACGCAUCGUUGACAUGGAGAAAUUGUUCACCGAAAAGAGGUUUUCACAGAUCGGCAGCUUGUACUACAAAGAAGAUGUCGCUCCUGAGCUGCAAGCACGUCCACUGUACGCCAAAGACUUUCCGGACGAUGGAGCAUCGGAGAGGUACCGCAUCGGACCUACAGUACAAAGGGAAUUUUGGCGGGGCGAACGUUCCGUGAUGAAUAUUGACCGAGGACCUUGGCCUGAUGCUCAAUCGUACGCAAAAGCCAUCGUAAAUUGCGAAAAGCAAUGGUUGAAGACCUACGCACGACCGCGCCCUCUCAAUGACCCAUGCCGUCUGUCUGAUGACGAUGCAUCUCCUGAUGCCCACCUUGAAGCACUCGAUCGUUUCCUUACCGUUCUACCCUUCUUGAAUCUACCGGAGGAGUACCUUCCCCACAAUAUCUGGCACCCUGAUCUUUACGAUGGCAACAUUAUGGUUGAGGCUGAAGGCUUUCCCAAUUUCACUGGCAUAAUUGACUGGCAGCAUGCAUGGAUCGGUCCUAGAUUCAUGCAAGCAGAGUUCUCACGCAUGUUUCUCUACACAGGCACCAUGAUCGACAUGAAACCCAACUUUCCUCGCCUUCCCGACGACUUCGAUACGAUGUCACCAGAAAAUCAAGAAGAGGCCAAACGUCAAUUGCAACUUGCAGGACGACAUAUAAUCUAUAUGAUGACCGUUUCGGAACGCCAUCCUUUACAUGCAAACAUUACCCGUCAUCCUUGCUACAGGACCUAUGUUACGCCGUUUAAAUGGGCCGGACGAACAUGGACAGAUGGAAUUGCCGCUUUCCGACACGCUCUGCUCGUAAUGACUGACGACUGGAAACAUAUCGCCGGACCGGAUGUCCCUUGCCCUAUAUCCUUCUCGAAGGCCGAAGAGGAGCGGCAAAUGGAAACCUGGAGGCGAGUGACGGCUCGAGAGAAAUGGGUAGAGACCGUUCAGGAGAAGCUCCAUGUACAACAGGAUGGUGCUGUUGAACCACACGAGUAUGAGUCCAUGAAACGCGCUGCGGAGGCCCUACGCCCGUACUGGAACGAAAAGGUCGCUGGUCCUUGGCCUUUGCAGGAUGGAGCUUGGUCGUCGUUGUUGUAG